GUGAGCGACGUGAACUACAGUGACUUGGUUAAUUCGAUGAAUAGUUGGUUUUGGUUUCGUCUUCUUCAUUAUCGUGAAACGUUGAUUGGUCGGGAUAUAAUAUCGCUGGCACGCACUCUUUACAGUUCUCAUCAAUACAGUCAGAUAGAAAGUGGUUUCGAUAAGAAAUCAGGUCAUCGAUUAAAACGUGAAGGUCAUUUCGGGAAGAAAAAUCGCGAACGCAUAUCAACAUAUUUGUAUAAUAUGGCCUCACCUGAACUUGAAAAGGAACUUGCACCACUUCGUGCAGCUGUGAAAGAGUUUGGUGAUUUGAUACGUUGUCUCAAAGAAAAAGAUGCUCCGAAAACGGAUAUUGACCGAGCAGUUGUUGAGCUGAAAGCUCGAAAGAAAAAACUAGAAGAACGUGAACUUGCUUUGGUGCCCAAAAAUGUUUCGUUUUUUGAUCGAUUGAAAUUUGAAGAUCUAUUGAAGCAGCGCUUCUUUUAUGAUCAAUCAUUUGCUAUCUAUGGAGGUGUAACUGGAUUAUAUGAUUUUGGUCCGAUGGGAUGUGCUAUGAAAGCGAAUAUGAUUAAUCUUUGGAGAAAUCAUUUUGUUCUUGAAGAAAAUAUGCUUGAGGUGGAUUGUUCAGUGUUGACUCCUGAAGCUGUCCUAAAAGCAUCGGGACAUGUUGAUCGAUUUUCGGACUGGAUGGUGAAAGAUCUGAAAACUGGUGAAUGCUUUCGAGCUGACCAUCUGAUCAAGAAUUUUGUUGAGAAAAUGUGCGAGGAUAUAAAGACACCAGCAAGUGUGAAAGAGGAACUAAAGGAAGUCAUGACGAAAUUGGAAGGUUUCAACGAUGCAGAUAUGCACAAUGUCAUCAUGAAGCAUAAUAUCAAAUCUCCAAUGACAGGGAAUGAACUGUCUGAGCCGAUUGCUUUCAAUUUGAUGUUUCCAACAAUGAUAGGACCAACGGGUGAUUUCAGAGCUUACUUACGACCAGAAACAGCGCAAGGCAUCUUUGUUAAUUUCAAACGGUUGUUAGAAUUUAAUCAGGGUAAGCUACCGUUUGCUGCGGCCCAGAUUGGUUCCGGUUUUCGAAACGAGAUUUCUCCGAGACAAGGUCUGAUGAGGUUGCGUGAAUUUACGAUGUGUGAAAUUGAACAUUUUGUUGAUCCGAAUAAUAAAACUCAUCCAAAAUUUGAGCAAGUAAAGGAUUAUAAUCUGAUGUUGUUCUCGGGUUGUAAUCAAAUGGAUGGUGCACCAGCGCAGACAUUGUCAAUUGGGGAUGCUGUUGCUAAGAAGUUGGUUGCAAACGAAACUCUUGGCUACUACAUGGUUCGAGUUCAUAAAUAUCUGAUACGGACUGGAAUAGACCCAAAGAGAAUGCGAUUUAGGCAGCAUUUGACAAAUGAAAUGGCUCAUUACGCCUGUGAUUGUUGGGAUGCUGAAAUUUUGACAUCGUAUGGAUGGAUUGAAUGUGUAGGAGUGGCUGAUCGUGCAUGCUAUGAUUUACUGCAACAUUCGAAAGCUACUGGAGAGAAGCUGGUAGCUGAGAAAGUGCUCAGCGAACCAAAAAUUGUGCAGGUUAUCGAAGCAAUACCCAAUAAGCCAGUGAUUGGAAAAAUUUACAAAACGGAAGCGAAGCAGAUCUUUGCUCGACUUGAACAGCUCACCCCAGAAGAGGUUGAGAAGCUAGAAAAAGAGAUUAUUUCUGCGGGAAAUGCGAGAAUUCAAUGCGGAGAUAAAAUAGUGGAAUUGCAAAAAGAUUACAUCUCCAUUAAAAGAUAUGAAAAAAAGAUGCAUACCGAAGAAUUCUUCCCAUCGGUAAUUGAACCAUCAUUUGGUAUUGGAAGGAUCAUGUAUAGCGUCUUGGAGCAUUCUUUCCGUCAAAGGGAGGGUGAUGAACAAAGAGUGUAUUUUGCACUGCGGCCAGUUGUUGCUCCGAUCAAAUGCUCUAUACUGCCAAUCUCAGCAAAUUCGCGCUUUGAGCCAAUUAUGGCUGCUGUACGCUCAGAGUUAGCCAAAUUUUCUGUGAGCUAUAAACAAGAUGAUAGCAGUGGAUCACUUGGUCGACGUUAUGCUAGAACGGAUGCUAUAGGCAUCCCAUUUGGCAUAACGGUUGAUUUUGAAUCGGAAUCAGAACCAUGGACUGUAACUUUGCGCUUCUCAAUCACAAUGGAGCAGGUUCGACUAAAGGUGAGUGAUGUUGGGAAAACGGUUGCUGAUUUAUCAUCCGAGAGGACAUCUUGGAGUGAAGUGCAACAAAUUUAUCCGAAAUUUGAGCAAAAAUCUGGUGCUUAACAGUGAAAGUUAUUUGUGAAUUGUUCUUGGGAGUGCAAGAACUGAUAGUGGAUUAGAAGCAAAGCUAAUUGUUUGAAUUAUCUUAAAGCUUGUUAGUCAACUUCCUGUUC